AUGGUGGUGAAGGUUGGCAACGACACGUCCUUUCGACCUGCAAGAGACAUGCUUCCAUGUUCCGUUGCGGAAGCGAACUUUAGUGAAGCUACCCAACGAGCAGGAGCACAAGCGUUUCCUCUGUUUGCUUUGGACCACCUUCAAGCGAUGGAAUGGGAAGCAUCAGAGCCCUUUGAGGACCCGGACGGUGAUUUGUUGCUUCCAGAUUGCUGGCAACAUGAGCAAGAGAUAGAAUGGAAAAGACCAGGAGCAAUGAACCUUACAGAACCGCCAAAGUUUCAAAAGAUAUUCCUUCCAGACACAGAGGAUUCAUCUGAACCUCCUCCUCCUGUUGUUGUCAAAGCACAGAAGAAAUUCCAGCAGUUCAGACCCUUGGAAUUCUUUACGAAAGCCUCUUCAAAUCCUCUGCGGCAUGACGACUGGCUCCUAUAUCAUUUAGUCUGUGCCAUCAACACAUCCAGAGAAUUUCUCAUGACAUCGAAACAAGACAUCUGGGAUGGAAUAUAUCCACAAAAUCCUCAAGCUGUCCCAAUCUACAACCCUAGCGGGAAGUAUGCUGUUCGACUUCAUGUGUUGGGCCAAUGGCGACAAGUUUUCAUCGAUGACCGUCUUCCGUGCAAGGGCGAGGAAUGCAUCCUCCCUCGGGUCAAGAACAAAGCUGAGAUCUGGCCCAUGCUUCUAACUAAAGCUCUUCUCAAGGCUCUGACGAUAACCCAGACGAAGGCAGACUCUGGAGACGAAGAGGUAGGAAAAAAGAUGUUCCCUAACAUUCUGGAGAGAGAAGUGUACUCGUUCUUUGUCACUUGCUUGACUGGAAUGCACCCUGAGUUCUUGGAAACAAGCGAAUCUUCAUUCAAGCAAACUUUGCUCAACCGGAUGACUGCGGGGAAGAGUUACUCAGUUGGGUGGGGGAAUCACCCGCAGGAAAGGAUCAAGUACAUCUCAAGCUUUGCGACCGGCGAGGGAGAUGAAAAGAGCGGAGGAGAAGGGAGGCACUGGGAUGUUAAUGAAGACUCUUCAUUCAUUAUUCAUGUCAACUGGACUGGUGAGCUUUCGCAUGAGGUUGAUAUCCAUGCCGCAAGGCUUUCUUGGCUCCUCUCCACUCCAGCAAAAGAAAUUUCACAAGAAGGAGAAAACCAAGAGGAAACUGAAGAACAACGAGAAAAGGGGGAGCAAGAGGUUGUCAAAGAUGAGGAUGCAAAGAUCAGCCUCAAGACUGAAGUGAUGAAGCCAAACGUUGAUAUGAAACAUUCUUGCUCAUGGAAGUCAUUUCUUGCCCACUUCACCCAUGUCAUCCUCUUCCAUAAGGAUAGUGACUACGAAUUUUCAUCCAUGGUUUUUUUAGGGCAAGAAGUAGCAGCUGAAAACUCUGAGACUCCAGUGGAUCAGGAGGAGCAUGCUAUACCUGUCUUCGACGGCCUCUCUCAUGUUGCGCUUUUCGUGGACAACACAAAAGAAGACAGCGAUUAUGUAUUAUUCUCUAUCUCGUCUUCUUGUCAAGCGAGUAUGAUCACAAUCUCGGAGAUCAUGUUUGAGACCAAGAAUAAUGAGAUGGCAGAGCCUUCGGAGCAGAACUUUAUUCCGUCCAUUACAAUUCUUCCCAGGACGCUGGUCGAGACAGAUGUUAAUAGAAGUUUUCUUCUUCGCGUUCGCAAAGGAAAGAGUAUUUUUAUCAUCGAUUUUCCGAGCAGCUUUCGAACCGUUCUUCGCGUAUCCAGUGACAGUUUGUUGGAGCUGAAAAAUUUCGAAGGUGUCUUUGACAAGGUUGGGAUCAAGUCUCUUUCCUCCUCUGGCACAGUAGAGGGUCUCGAGCCGAGGAAGGACACGAUCUGGUUUCGUCAGAAGCUGCUUCCUCAAGGCGAUUGUGUCUGCUCGCUGAUUAUCAAAACCUCCAACCCGCACAUUCUCAGCUCUGUGCAGCUCGUCCUGCACGAAAACCAAAUUGACUCGGUCAAGCUUCAAGCAUCCGCCGAAGGCUACAUCUUGAUCGCAAGGUCUUACUUUGGUGCCUCACCGCUGGCAGUAGAGGGAGAAGAGGCGACCCCUCUAACUUGCAGUUGGAGUCUUGCUGUCCUAAGCUCUUGCGAGGUCACUAUGGAGGGCCUGGCAAGCGACCAAGUGCUUGACGCCAACGGUUACUUCGUACCCAACUACAGCAACGAGCUCUUCCGCUACCAGAUCGAGCCCAAGGACGAGACUGGACUAGUCUACUUCUCCGUCUUCCUUCGCUCCUUCUCUCCGGCUGAGCUGAGGUUGUCGCUCAUCGCAACACGGAAAGAUCAGGUCUGGCACACGCACAGCAGGGACGAGGCCUCCAACGAGGAGGUUAAGACUAUAGAGAAGGACGGGAAGCUUGUGACUACCCCCCUCCUCGAAGCUCAGGAUCUCAAUUGCUGUGAGAUUUUUGAGGCCUGCAUUCCCCCAGCAGAGGACAUAGUCUAUCUCCUGAUCGCUCAUCUUGUUGCCCGCCGUCCACUAGUAAUGAUGGCACCGAAGACCAAGGCUGAGGGCUCAAUAGAAUCAGCGGAGGAAGAAGCAGCAGUGGACGAGAAAAAUGAGGAAGCUGCAGGUGAAAGGGCUUUAGACGAAAGCGCACAAGAGGAGGGGAAGGAACGAGUGGAGAAAGGGGAGGCAGAAUACGUGACGAAUGACAUCGAAGAGCCAGGGCAAGAACCUUUCUGGUCCCUCCGCAUCCUCACUUCUAUCAGUCCUGACGGUUUGAUCUCUGAAAACACAACCAAGGAAGAGAAAAUCGAUGCUUUCACCGCCGAGUGCCGGACAAACCAGAACCAAGAAGCUUUCGUGCUUGCCAUGAGGAAGCAGAACAAGCUGCCAAGCUCAGACGAUGCUGCUGCUCCUGCAGAGCCUCAAGGAACUGAGGCGGAGGAAGAAGGAGAGACCACGUCCUGGCCCCCGCAAAAAGAGGAAGAGCAGUCGUGGGCAGACUAUCUCAAAGAGUAUCUUGUUGGCUGUCCUCCUGCUGAACCCCUUGUGAAACGCGAUCUGGAAGCCGCCGAGGGCUAUCCCAGUCACGUUCAGCUUUCUGAAGACUGGAAGGCUCAAGAAGAAAUGGAAGAGAGAGAGGCGACAGAGCUCGACGCCGUCUGGGAGGCUCACCGGCAAAGCCGCGAGGAAAACAAGCAGGCGCGUGAGAGCAGCUUGAAUCUGCUCAUGCAAGAUAUGUCUUCCGCUACCGUUGAGAGCUGCAACAAGUGGUUCUCAAAAGAGGAAGGAUCGUUCCUGGAAUCACGCUCUAAGCUGCUUGAUGUCAUCGCCAAGGGUGGAGACUUCCUUAAAUCCUUGACGGAGGCUCUUGCAACGAUUGAGGUCGUGCUUAUUGACGUGGAGGAUGAAAACUCAGAGUCGCCGUCUCAGCAAGUGAACUAUGAGGAUGAGGAGAUAGUUGGUGAAUUGCUCUUAGCAGUGAAAGAGGCAGAUGAAGGCAAAUGGAAUGCAAACCUGGAAAGGCUUGCAGGACGGGAUCCUCCAAUGAUUGAGAUGCAGGACGUUUCAUUACACAACAUCCUCUGCUACCACAGGCAGAAGGUGACAGCUAUGCUCCAGACAGAGCACAAGAGGAUAAGCCAACAGAAUGCAGCUGAGUCUGACAGGUUGAAGGAAGCAGCAGCAGCUGCAGCAGCAGCAGCUGCUGCAGAGGAGUCAGAGGAGGCUUGA